GUGUUUUGCGAGUAACAUAGCCUCCAAUCACGCAUAUCCGUGUUGUCCAGGUGUCCCGUUGGCCUGUCACAACGAUGCGUCCGUGCAGCUACUUCACCUGCGUUGACCGAGCCACGCUAUGCCGUACCUUCUAUUCCUGUCAUUCAAACUACCCUGAAUCAUCGGCCACAACUUUACGGUCCCGUCACGCAAAUGUUGCGCUACCCCAUGUAUCACCAUCGCAGUGACACAAAAUUUCGAUGUUGGAGUCCUCUGAUAAGACGCGAUUUUCUCGUCUUGGGCAGCAGUAGCGCUAAAGCAACUUCGUUCUCGAGGAGGGAGAAUGGCGGUUCAAUCAAACUCGCAUGCUGUAAGCAAGGCUAUAACUUCGUCGCCAUCAUCGCUGGUUGAGGCUGGAAGUGCUUUGAUUCAACAAGGCGCCGCCAUCCUUCGAAGCACAGCCUGUCUCCCUGAUAUCGAAUAUAAUUGCGGCUCGAACUCUCUCUUCAACGCCUGCUGUCCGAGCACCCUUACCUGUGUGGGAAUGAACAAAUUUAGAUGUUGUUUACCAUGGACAAAUUGUGCAACUGAACAACUCUGCGCAAACUCGUCCUGGGCUCUAUUCGAUAACAACGGAUACUGUUGCUGCGAUCGCGACUCCUCGGGAUACAACCUAAGCCAUCAUCAAGCAUGUCUAGGCCAAGGGACUUCGAUAAGCAGCGGAACACUGCUGCCCACACUCCUAAUUGACCCUGCUGCUACGCCAUCGCUGAUUGAGACCAUUGUUCCUGCGGGAUCGUCUUCGAAAGCCGCCGCUAUUGGCGGAAUACUUGGAGGCAUUGUCGGAUUUGCCAUUGUCGUACGCGUGACUUGGGUCAUUCUACGUCACAAACGACGGAAGAGGCUUCAGGGCCUUGCAUGCGCAGAGGAUAGGCUUAUACAGAUGGCCAGAGAAGACAUGCGUAGAAGCCAACAGCUCGACAAUCUCUAUGCAAUGUAUGGAGAUGAAGGUGGCAAAAGCAGAUAUUUCGCUCACAAUAAGGAGCAAUCUGUGCGUCCGUCAUCUUUCGAGCUGCAGUGGUCAUCAAUCCAGUCACCCAGGUCUGGGCAGCCUGCAGCGAUCUAAGGUAUAGGUUAGGGAAGGCUAUCAUGUCAACCGAAGAAAAUGACGUAUUUUGGUACUCAUCUUUCAUGCCCGCACGAUAACGUCCCGUGACUAUUACAGUCGUUGACAUGUACGUGUCGUUCCUUCACAGUCAGUCCACAUCAAUGAACGCCAAGUUUGCUCCCCAAAC